AAUGACGGAUCAUUGCUUAAUGCUUCGGUCAGCCUCAGCCCUUAAUGGAGAUACUUGAACCGAAUAUUAAACUCUCCGAUUCCAAUUCUUACCCCUCCCUCUUCACUUAGAAACUCUGCCUCAGCCCUAUAUAUACCACCAUUACAACGCUCUACAACCACCAUUUCUAGCCAUCUUCCUCAGCCCGUUUCUUCCAUCACACUCGUUCGAUCAAGAGUUUCGAGAUUUGGAAAAGCAGAGCAGACUUGCAAUGGGCAUGGGAAUGGAGGACAACCCUCUGCAGCUCAAGUCGUUGAAUCACAUCUCCCUCGUCUGUCGAUCCGUCGAGAAAUCCCUGGAUUUCUACCAGCAAGUUCUUGGCUUCUUCCCCAUCCGCCGCCCUGGCUCCUUCGACUUCGACGGCGCCUGGCUGUUUGGUUACGGAAUCGGAAUCCAUUUGCUCCAGUCCGAAGACCCAGAAAGCAUGCCCCAAAUCUGCGAAAUCAACCCUAAAGACAACCACAUCUCCUUCCAAUGCGAGAGCAUGAUGACGGUGGAGAAGAAGCUAAUGGAGAUGGAGAUAGAGUACGUGAAAGGCAGGGUAGAAGAAGGAGGAAUCUACGUCGAUCAGAUAUUCUUCCACGACCCAAAUGGGUCCAUGAUCGAAAUUUGCAACUGCGAUAAUCUCCCUGUUGUCCCGCUUGCCGGAGAGACCAUUCGUUCAUGCUCCCUAAUCAACUGCACCAUCCAGCAGCAGGAACAGAGCUUGCUGAACCAGCUCUGCAAAUGAAUAUUCUGAUUCAACCCCUCCAUGCUUGCUGGUGUAUAUGUAAUGUAAUGUUUGUUGUAGUAUUGUAAAAUUUGUCCCAUGUCUGUCCUCUGUUGACAAAUAGCUAGGAAGGUGGCGAACGGAUUCGAUACCCCAUCGAAGCUUUCCCCUUAAGCUGAUGGGACGAUACAGGCAGAUUCAGGGGUCCAAAUUCAAUAAAUUUGUAUCGAUGGAGACUUCUGGGUAAUUGAGAUAAUGAGCUGUUAAUCGAAUCCCGGGCGAAAAGAUUUCAUCUUUACGAAGCAGAAGGUAAGAGAGAGACAAUAAUUGAGAGCUUCAUGUUUGUCUUACUU